UCCAUCGUUCCAUAUCCAUUAAUUCCAUAUUCCAUUCUAAUCCUCCUUUCAUUCUUUCAUUCCGCAACCUUUUUGAGCGAUCGACGUGCAAAUUUGUUAUUGCAGCUGUAAAGAAAAAUGGAGAACGAUUUGGGUAACCUAGUCGACUUGUACAUCCCUCGAAAAUGUUCAGCGAGUAAUCGUAUCAUCCAUGCCAAAGAUCAUGCAUCUAUACAGUUGACUUUGGCUGACGUUGACCCAGAAACAGGUCGCAUGACCGAUACUCACAAGAUGUAUGCAAUCUGUGGAGCAAUUCGUCGAAUGGGAGAAUCCGAUGAUUGUAUCGUAAGAUUGACGAAGAACGAUGGAUUAUUAUCUAAGAACUUUUAAUCUAAGUUAUAUGAGUCUAUUUCCAAUAAAUUAAAAAAAUAUAAAGCA